CUGAUAGAUCCAACGUGGGGCGAAAGAACGUUCGGAUAAAAAGAAAGUAAAGUCCGGGAGGGGGAAAACAAGCGGUGGAGACGAUUAGACGUGCGAGGUGAAUCUGUGAAUUAUCGGAUCGCGGGAGUUUUCAGACCGUGGACUGAGAUCGAGAUAAGCUUCAAAUCACUUGAACCGCGCUCGGCAGACUGAAGGACUGAAGUUCGCAAUUCACUCGGACGGAUUUACGGGAACUGUUUCGGUUCCAAAGUAAUUAAUCGUAUACUUACGUGAUCCAGAAGAAUCGAUUCGCACUUUGGAAACCUGAACCUCAAAUCCUGUAAAGAAGCGGAGCCUCAAACUUUGUUGGUUUGUUUGUUUUCCUGAGGAAAAGUUUGUUUUUAGCGCCGAUGAUAUCAGACUUUCUUUCAGCGCCUACCUAUGGAGUUAAUAGACACGAUUUGCCAUGUUUUUACUUUUUAUAACCACGAAACACUCGUGCGCAAAGCAUUACAAGAACUUCAUACUGUUGAGGAUUUAAACUACAUUUGAUCCACUGGAUCUCUCUUGCCAAAACAAAGCCCAAAUCUCCCAUCCAGACACGCUUUUCAACCUUUUAAGGACAACUGCUCGCAACUUGCCUUUAGUUUUGGCUUCUGGACAACUUUCUUGUCGUGAUUCACCUUUGAAUUACAUACGUGUGGCAGCAGCGGAGAUAAACAUUUUACUGUGAACUCUUUUAGGAAAUCCAGGACUCAUGCAUUGCCCGAAAACAACGCAGCCUAACUUGGUAUUACCGUCGGGUAAACAAACAACUUAAUGAACGCGAAAUAUUCAAACUUUGAGAAACUCUCUAACCUCAAUCUGCCCGUUUGCGGUUGAGAGAAAUCGGUCGUUAAACGCUGAGACAACUGGAUACAAAAUGGCGGCGUGGCUGGGACGAAUGGGAUCACUUUCUUAUUACGUGUUUUAUUGGGUUUUGACGCUGGAGUUGUUAAAUUAUGGCUUGGGCUCGGACGCACCGUGUCCUCAAAACUGUACGUGUACGAUAGACACGACCGACUGCAGUUACUUGGACAUGACCGAUGUCCCCCAAGACUUGCCUUCGAGGACUGUGAAAUUAAAUCUGAGCCACAACAAGCUGGCGGCAGUCGAUAUGGACAUCCUCUCCAAUCUGGCCAACCUCCGAGAAGUGAGGCUUGACCACAAUGAGCUGACAUCUAUUCCUUCAUUUGGAGAUGCUGCACCAACAAUCGUAAUACUCUUCUUGCACCAUAAUAAAAUCAAUAGACUGGAGGGGAGCCUGUUGCAGAACCUUUCUGUACUGGAGACUCUAGAUCUGAGUAACAAUGACAUCACGGAGCUAAAAGACUACUGUUUCCCGCCAGGGUUACAAAUCAAAGACCUGUACCUGAGCAGUAAUAAGAUUGUUCAGCUGGAAUUCGGGGCAUUUAGGAACCUAGCCGGGAGCUUGCAGGUCCUCAGACUGAGUCGAAACCGGCUGACCCACCUCCCUGUUAAAGGGCUGGAGCUGCCCAAGCUUACGGAGCUGGACCUGAGCAGGAACCGGUUACGCUCAAUCGAGGGACUCACCUUUCAAGGUUUGAGCAGUUUAGAGGUUCUCAAGCUUCAGAGGAACAACAUCAGCAAGCUGACAGAUGGGGCGUUCUGGGGUCUGGCAGGAAUGAGGGUUCUACACUUGGACUUCAACAGUCUGCAUGAGGUGAACAGUGGAUCUCUCUACGGUCUGGAGUCACUCGUUAAACUCUACCUCUCCAACAACUCCAUCACUAACUUCACCCCUGAGGGCUGGGGCUUCUGCGAGAAGCUCAAAGAACUGAACCUGUCCUAUAAUAACUUGACAAAACUGUCUGAAAAUAGUUUUGCCAAGUUGGUGAAACUGAUCUCUCUGCGUUUGGGACACAACUCCAUCAGUCAAAUCACAGAGGGAGCAUUCAGAGGCCUCGGCUCACUGCGCACACUGGAGCUUGAUCACAAUGACAUCUCUGGUACUAUAGAAGACACCAACGGAGCCUUCGCUGGGCUUGAAAACCUCAACAAGCUAACUCUGUUUGGAAACAAGAUCAAGUCGGUGGCCAAGAAAGCCUUCUCUGGCCUGGAGGCUCUGGAGCACCUGAACCUGGGAGAAAACGCCAUCCGCUCCAUCCAACCUGAGGCAUUCAGCAAGAUGAAGAAUCUGCGAUACCUUCACAUUCAGAGUGAUAGUUUUCUGUGCGACUGCCAGCUGCACUGGUUUCCGGAGUGGCUGGUGGGGCGAGGACUGCAGGCUGACGUUCAGGCCACAUGUGCUCAUCCAGAGAACUUAAAGGGCACCAGCAUCUACCGGGCUCCACCACAGAGCUUUGUUUGUGACGACCUUCCAAAACCUCAGAUCAUAGUCAACCCCGUUUCAACGGCAGCAGUAUUGGGGAAAGAUGUUCGUCUCACCUGCACUGCAGCCAGCAGCAGUAGCUCACCCAUGACCUUCACCUGGCGCAAGGACCAGGAGACUCUGCGGCAACCUGAGGUGGAGAACUUCGCCAAUAUGCGGGCCAGUGAUGGAGGGGUAAUGGAGUACACCACCAUCCUUCACCUCCGUCACAUCACCUUCAAUCAUGAGGGCCGCUACCAGUGCAUCAUUAGCAACCACUUUGGCUCCUCCUACUCUAGCAAGGCCCGUGUCACUGUAAACGUGCUGCCUUCCUUCGUGAAGACGCCGCGUGACAUCACCAUACGCACGGGCACAAAGGCGCGAUUGGAGUGCGCGGCAGAGGGACACCCAACUCCUCAGGUGGCUUGGCAGAAAGACGGCGGUACGGAUUUUCCUGCCGCCCGUGAGCGCCGCAUGCGUGUGAUGCCUGACGAUGAUGUCUUCUUUAUAAUGGACGUAAAGCCCGAGGAUAUGGGCACGUACAGCUGCACAGCCAAAAACACGGCCGGUAUGAUCUCGGCUAACGUCACACUGACUGUUCUAGAGACCCCUCACUUAGCUCAGGAAAUGGAGGACCGAAACGUGGUGGUGGGCGAGACUGUUGCACUGCAGUGCAAGGCCUUAGGCAGCCCACCUCCUCGAAUCACCUGGUUUAAAGGGGAGGAGCCUCUUCAUCCCAGCGACCGUCAUCACUUCACUCCAGGCAACCAGCUCUUGGUGAUCGGCAGCACCACUUUGGAAGACGCCGGACGUUACACGUGCGUCAUGUCCAACACACUUGGGACAGAGCGCGCUCACCUCCAGCUAAACAUUUACCAGCGCGUUGAAGAGUGUACGCCGUUCUCUAGUCCCAGCACAGUCACCAUAGGGAUCAUCGUUAUCGCCGUGGUGACCAGCAUUGUGGUGACAUCACUGGUGUGGGUGUGCAUUAUCUACCAGACGAGGAAGAAGAGUGAAGAGUGCAGCGUAAACACGGAUGAGACCGUUGUACCUCCUGAUGUCCCCAGUUACCUGUCCUCACAGGGCACUUUAUCAGAGAGACAGGACAUUUGUAUACGAGUGGAGUCAAAUGGUGGAUCUCAAUUAAAUGGACGCUUGGAAAACAAUGGCUUUGGAGGACCCGUGUGCACAGACUGCUUGGAAAAUGGCACCAGCUACGCCAAACACUGUAACUACCUCGCUCAUGAAAUAGCGCCUCCUUCAGGUCCAGAGUAUCAGCAACCAUCAAUCUUCACAAGUCAAAACGGUGAAACACACUGCAAUGGCACACCCAACGGGGUCAGGAAAGAUAGCCAAACACCAAUCUUUCCCACCAAUCACGACAGGGUGAUGAUGGCACCCUCACCACACCAGUACAACAACUGUAAAGGAUUGUUUGUGAAUAGGUCCGACACGCCUCCCUCACUUGAAGAGAACUACCAUCGGCCAGUAAAGCUCCUGCCCGCACGGGACUUUGACCUCGGGUCCGAGCUUACACAGACUCUGUUGCCCAACGGGCACACGUACGUGCCCGAUCCCGCCCUGAGCGAAAGUGAACCCUUAAAACGGGCCUGUGACUGACACCGCACCCAACCCUCGUCUUCUAAUCUUUUGCACUGAGAACUGCUACCUCACACUGAGGGGCACACGCAACGCUGGCCCCAUUUAUCUGAAUGCAGAACGGGGCGUCCGGAGUUUGAAGGCAAAGCUUGAAUGGGAUGACGACGUCCCAUCCGAGCGUUUAAGUUGUAUAUAGGUUUAUAAAUCCUCCUCAGGGAGGUCGUCUUUCACACUUCAGAAAUGUGACUUGCAUUUGACGCAUGCAAAUGUAUGAUAGAGUGCUAUAACGUCGGGCUUUGAACUGUACAUAAGAGUUUUGGUAUAUAUAAAAAUAUAUAUAUAUGAAUGUAUGUAUUCUAUAACUUUUACAAAGGAGUGUUGAACUCUAUUUGGUGCAUGGUCAGAACAGAGUGGUUAUUUUUGAUUUUCUUUCUGGAUCUCUUCUGUUUCGUCAGUUUUUAUAAGCAGUGCCUUAUUGCAAGAUCAAAUAAUCCACAAGAUCCGAAGAGCAUAGUUCUCAACACUUUUCUUUGCCACAAAUGGAUUGUUUUUACAUGCACUUGACGUUUAGAGAAACUGAAUAUUCAUAACACGUAGCCUUUAGAGAUACUGGCAGUGUCUGUGGCAUGCUGUCAGUUACUACACAAAAUUAAGAUGGUACAGUUGGUACAUACAGGUAGAACGAUUUGAUGUCUAUGCGUGGCAAUGUGCUUGAUUUGUUUGCUGCAAAAAAUAUUUUUUUAGUAUUUUCCAGUAAAAACAUCUGAAUUUUUUUAUGAGAUAAAGUUUGUUUGAUAGGGAAAAUCAUGUUUUCUUGUUAAAAACAUAUUUUUCACUACUGAAAAAAAUGAAAAGUUAAAAAAAUACUUCAAUUGGUAACACAUAAUAAUGUUUGUUUCUCAACUUAAAAUUUUCCCUUAAAAUUCCAAUGUACCAUACAACUCAAAAACAAAAAGCUAAACAUGUUGCAUAUAUUUGGAAAGCUGAAAAUCUUGUGAUUCGAAUGAUGUAAACCGUUUUUAAGAUCCAGUGACACCGCAGGUACAAUUUGUGUCCUUUUUUUGUGGCUUUUUUAGGAAUGCUAAUGGGUUUUAAAGUAUUUUUCUUUCAAAGAAAAUAUAAGUUGAGAAACAAAAAUUUUAAGGUGUUACCAAUUGAAGUAUUUUUUAAAUUGAUUCAACUUUUCCUUGUUUACAGUGUAACUGUAAAGAGGAAAAUAAUGAACUUGAAUCUUGAACUUGAAUCCUCAAGUCUCUGAAAACAAUUUUAUCUCUUCAGCAAUUUUUCUUCUAGUUAAUUUCUCAUGUUUAAUUUUUUUACUGGAAACCAAGACAAAAAUACAGAUUUCUCUUUUUUUGUGUAAACUUGCAUUUUAAGUGCACACUGUAAAAAAUAAAAAGUUUGUUCAACUUAAAAAAGCAAGUUACCUGUUUGCCUGAAUUUUUAAAAAUUAAUUUAACGUAAAAAUAUUUUUUUAUCAACGUAAUAUUUUUUUUUAAAUUGGAAUAACUCAAAAUUUUGAGGCAGUCUGGUAACUUGCUUUUUUAAGUUGAACAAACAAAUCUUUUUUACAGUGCAAGUUUUCAUUUUUACAAAUUGAGGUACAAAAUUAUCGUCUAGAAUUUGUUGUCACUAAACUGCAUUUCUUUCAAUAUCCUGAAAUAUUUUCUUUUUAGUCAGGCAUUGUAUUUUUGUGAUAACAGAACAACUUUGCAUUGAAUAUUUUGCAUUCAUUAUGCACUGUAAAAAAAGAAUUCGCUGGAUUUCUUUAAAAAUAUAGUGCAUAAUUUUUGCAUCCACUUUUUUACUUGAAAUAUUAAACAGUUGCUUAAAAUUACACAUGAAACUUGCUUAAAAAAAUGGAUGCAAAAAUUAUGCACUAUAUUUUUAAGGAAAUCCAGCCUUUAUUUUUUUUUAGUGUGGUACAAAAAUAUUGGCAUAAAAGAAGCACUUUGAGAUUAAUAAUGUAAGAGACAAUUCAAAUCAGUCUCUCUUUCUGACAGCAAAAAGCUUCUGCACUCGCCCUGACACCUGUGGUGUUUCAGUGAAUUUUUUUAAAUGUAUUUGACCGCCUUUUAACAUGGGAAAAUAACAAAUCAAUGUGAAUGUCCAAAAGUAACAUCUAGAGAGUUUUGUUCUAACGGUAACAAAACAGAAGCUGCCAAAACUAAAGGGAAAGAACAGAUCUCUAGAUAACUGUUUUAAAGGGAGCUUGUUUUCGGCACCUUCCUUUAACAGCACCGAAUGUUUUCAUGUAAAGGGAAUAAGCUGUAUUUUCUUCAACACCUCACCAGCUAAUCUUUCAGUUUUUGUUUGAGAGUUCAGUAGCUAAUUUUAUAUACUGUCCUUAUUAGUUAGCCUAAACCAAAUAACAGAUUUGUGUUGACAGCCAAGGUUUGUAAUUCUAGGCCAAAUAGUGAAACUACUACUAACCUAGGGUAAAGUUGGUCAAGAUUACGGCUAUUGACAGUUUAACCACCAAAAAUGGUUGAAAUGACAUCUUAAUGUUGAAAAUGUUAGGUAUAUUGACUGCAGUACUAAGGUAGCUUGAAAGGAUUUUGGUUUGCUGGCUAACAGUGUAAACCAUUGCUGUGAAAAAAACUUUGCUAGCUCACAUAGGUUAACUACAGAUGUGUGGCUCGUCCUCUUUAAGACCAAUUAAUUUAUUGAAAUGAACUCUAAUCACAGCUGUACAUCCACAUUGCUAAAACUGUUGAAGUGUCAAACAUGCCAAAAGUUUAUUAAAGUCACAUGUUCUCCUUUA